CGAGCGGGCCAGCCGGGGUGGCGGAGCAGCAGGGAGCUCUAUAGCAAUAUGCCGGGAAAGCGCGCUGCAAAGAAGAGCCCGACGCCAGAAGAAGGGUCUCCCGAGAGGAAGAAGAUUAAAGUCUACCAUUCAUCACACCGGACGGAGCCUGGACUGGUGCUGACACUGGGUCAGGGGGAUGUCGGGCAGCUGGGCCUGGGAGAGGAUGUGGUGGAAAGGAAGAGGCCGGCCCUGGUGCAGCUGCCCGAGAAGAUCGUCCAGGCAGAAGCAGGGGGGAUGCACACCGUCUGCCUUAGCGAGACGGGCAAAAUCUACUCCUUUGGCUGCAACGACGAAGGCGCCCUGGGACGCGAUACCUCCGAGGAGGGCUCGGAGACCACCCCGGGGCUGGUGGAGCUGCGGGAGAAGGUGGUGCAGUUGGCUGCCGGCGAUAGUCACACAGCAGCGCUGACAGAGGACGGCAGGGUCUUCCUCUGGGGCUCUUUCCGGGAUAACAAUGGAGUCAUCGGUUUGCUGGAGCCCAUGAAGAAGAGUGCCCUUCCGGUGCCACUGCCGCUAGAGGUGCCUGUCCUUAAAAUAGUCUCAGGGAACGAUCACUUGGUGCUGCUGACCGUGGACGGGGACCUGUACACGUGUGGCUGUGGCGAGCAGGGCCAGCUGGGAAGGGUGCCGGAGCUCUUUGCCAACCGGGGAGGAAGGAAAGGUUUACAACGACUGCUCGUGCCUCAGCGCGUCCCUCUCAAGGGGAGAGGUGGCAAGGGCCGGGUGCGCUUCCAGGAUGCCUUCUGCGGAGCGUACUUCACCUUCGCCGUCACCCAGGAGGGCUACGUCUACGGCUUCGGCCUCUCGAACUACCACCAGCUGGGGACGCAGGACACCGAGCCCUGCUUCGCUCCCCAGAACCUGACGUCGUUCAAGAAUUCCACCAAGUCCUGGGUGGGGUUUUCGGGCGGGCAGCACCACACGGUGUGCCUGGACUCGGAGGGGAAAGCCUACAGCCUGGGCAGGGCAGAGUACGGCCGGUUAGGGCUUGGAGAAGGGGCGGAAGAGAAGAGCAUGCCCACCCCCAUCCCGGAGCUGCCAAGCGUCUCCUCCAUCGCCUGCGGGGCGUCUGUUGGCUAUGCUGUUACCCAGGAAGGGCGAGCGUUUGCUUGGGGCAUGGGCACCAACUACCAGCUGGGCACAGGGGAAGAGGAGGACGUCUGGAGCCCCGUGGAGAUGACUGGCAAGCAGCUGGAGAAUCGCGUCGUCCUGUCUGUGUCCAGUGGGGGGCAGCACACCGUCUUGCUGGUCAGAGACAAGGAGCAGAGUUGAUGACGCAGCAUGGUGCAGCAGUAACGCAGGGGACGCCCCCCGAGUGGCUCAGGGGUGGGGCUU